AUGGAAAACCACAUCCUGGACAUUGCCAAAGAGGCCAGUAUUUAUCAUCGCGUUGGCCCACAUGAAAGGCUGGUACGGAUAUUGGAUCACUCCAGGGAUGGCCUUAUUCUUGAGUAUAUGAAAAACGGUGACCUCAAAACCUAUCUUCAAGCCCAAAACUCGAUUCCGAUGAGCCUGAAGUUGAAGUGGGCAUACCAAAUUGCGCAAGCCGUCUCUCUCCUACAUAGUAACGGCAUAAUCCACUGCGACAUCAAACCGCGAAAUUUCCUCUUGGACGCGACUCUCAAUAUCAAAAUCAUUGACUUCUCUGGCUCUUCGCUAGACGGGUCUAAACCGGCCUCUGGUGAGGGAACUCGAUUCUAUCUCCCACGACAUUGGAGAGACCCACCUACCGUGGCUACAGAUUUGUUUGCGCUCGGGUCGACUCUUUACGAGGUUUUUCAAGGAACCAGUCCCUACGAGGAUAUCCCUAGCGAUAAAGUGGAAGAAUAUUUCAAGAGAAAGGAGUUCCCUAAUGUUUCUGCUAUUCCAUACGGACAGAUCAUCAAGCAGUGUUGGUUGUCCCAAGUCGAUUCAGCCGAACAUGUGCAGGCUUUCAUGCGAGAUAUAAUUCGCAGCAAGCUCAACGCCGACCAUAUCCCUCAUCUCGAUGGUUUAGACAUUGCUCGGGGUAUGUUGAUUGACCAAGUGGGGUAUCCUUAG